AUGUUCAGGAACUCCCUAUCCAGAGGUAGCUCCUCGCUGUUGAGGAACGCCCGCUUCCCGGCCUCGUCCUCGUCCGCCUUUUCCGUUUCGACCACGUCAGCUCGCACCUCGUCAUGGAAGCUCUCUUCCACCAGAAGGCCUUUGGCCAUGACCUCGGCCAAGCAACAGCGCUCUUAUGCUACCAACGCUAUAGAGCAGCCCCCCGACCCCAGCGACAGCUUCCUGUCGGGAAGCACCGCCAACUACAUUGACGAAAUGUACAUUCGCUGGAAGCAGGACCCCGAGAGUGUCCAUUCCUCGUGGCAGGUCUACUUCAAGAACAUGGAGAGCGGCGACAUGCCCAUCUCGCAUGCAUUCCAGCCUCCUCCAAACCUGGUCCCCGGUAUGACCGGCACUCGUCUUUCCACCGGUCUUGCCCUCGACGACGGCUCCGACGUCACCAACCACCUCAAGGUCCAGCUUCUUGUUCGCGCCUACCAGUCGCGUGGUCAUCACAAAGCCAACAUUGACCCCUUGGGCAUUCGCACUACCGCCGCCGGUUUCGGAAACAUCAAGCCCAAGGAGCUUACCCUUGAACACUACCAAUUCACCGAGCAGGACCUCGACAAGGAGUUCAAUCUCGGCCCUGGCAUUCUCCCCAGGUUCAAGCGCGAGGGUCGCGACAAGAUGACGCUCCGUGAAAUUAUCAAUGCCUGCGAGCAAAUCUAUUGCGGCUCCUACGGUGUCGAAUUCAUCCACAUUCCUGACCGUGAGAAGUGCGAUUGGCUGCGUGAGCGCGUUGAGGUGCCUCAGCCCUUUAAGUACUCCAUCGACGAGAAGCGCCGUAUCCUCGACCGUCUCAUCUGGAGUUCCAGCUUCGAGACCUUCCUUGCCACCAAGUACCCAAACGAUAAGCGUUUCGGUCUUGAAGGUGGUGAAACGCUCGUUCCUGGUAUGAAGGCCCUUAUCGACCGCAGCGUCGACUACGGUGUUAAGGACAUCGUCAUCGGCAUGCCUCACCGUGGCCGUCUCAAUGUCCUCAGCAACGUCGUUCGCAAGCCCAACGAGUCCAUCUUCAGCGAGUUUGCCGGUACUGGCGGCGCCGAGGAAGAGGGCUCCGGCGAUGUCAAGUACCACCUGGGUAUGAAUUUUGAGCGCCCCACACCCUCAGGCAAGCGCGUUCAACUCUCUCUUGUUGCCAACCCUUCGCAUCUUGAGGCUGAGGACCCCGUCGUCCUCGGUAAGACGCGCGCCAUCCAGCACUACAAUGACGACGAGAAGACGCACCGCACCGCCAUGAGUGUCCUGCUCCACGGUGACGCUGCCUUCGCUGCCCAGGGUAUCGUCUACGAGUGCCUCGGCUUCCACUCCCUGCCUUCCUUCUCCACAGGUGGUACCAUCCAUCUUGUCGUCAACAACCAGAUUGGUUUCACCACCGACCCCCGUUUCGCCCGCUCCACGGCCUACUGUACCGACAUUGCCAAGGCCAUCGACGCCCCCGUUUUCCACGUCAAUGCCGACGAUGUUGAGGCUGUUAACUACGUCUGCCAGCUCGCCGCCGACUGGCGCGCCGAGUUUCAGCACGAUGUCGUCAUUGACCUGAUCAGCUACCGUAAGCACGGUCACAAUGAGACGGACCAGCCCUCCUUCACCCAGCCCCUCAUGUACAAGCGUAUCCAGGAGAAGCAGCCCCAGCUCGACAUCUACGUCGAGCAGCUGCUCAAGGAUGGCACCUUUACCAAGGAGGACAUUGAUGAGCACAAACAGUGGGUCUGGGGUAUGCUUGAGGAGAGCUUCACCAAGUCCAAGGACUACCAGCCCACCUCCAAAGAGUGGACCACGUCGGCCUGGAACGGCUUCAAGUCGCCCAAGGAGCUGGCUACCGAGGUCCUUCCCCAUCACGACACCAACAUCCCCGAGAAGGAACUCGCCCGAUUGGGUGAAAUCAUUGGUUCUGCCCCUGAGGGCUUCACCAUCCACCGCAACCUGAAGCGUAUCCUUAACAACCGCACCAAGUCGGUUGUCGAGGGUAAGAACAUUGACUUCCCCACCGCCGAGGCUCUUGCCUUUGGCUCUCUGGUUUCUGAGGGCUACCAUGUCCGCGUUUCUGGUCAGGACGUCGAGCGCGGUACCUUCUCCCAGCGCCACGCCGUCUUCCAUGACCAGGAGAACGAGGGUACCUACACGCCUCUUCAGAAUGUCAGCAAGGACCAGGGCAAGUUUGUCAUCUCCAACUCGUCGCUCAGCGAGUUUGGCGCCCUCGGCUUCGAGUACGGCUACUCGCUGUCCUCGCCCAACGCCCUUGUCAUGUGGGAGGCCCAAUUCGGCGACUUUGCGAAUAAUGCUCAGUGCAUUAUUGACCAAUUCAUUGCCUCUGGUGAGUCCAAGUGGAUGCAGCGCACCGGUCUCGUCAUGUCGCUGCCCCACGGCUACGAUGGCCAGGGACCCGAGCACUCGUCUGGCCGCCUCGAGCGGUACCUCCAGCUUUCCAACGAGGACCCCCGCGAGUUCCCCUCGGAGGACAAACUCCAGCGCCAGCACCAGGACUGCAACAUGCAAAUUGUCUAUAUGACGGAGCCUGCGAAUCUUUUCCACGCUCUCCGCCGCCAGAUGCACCGCCAGUUCCGCAAGCCCCUCAUCAUCUUCUUCUCCAAGUCUCUGCUACGUCACCCCAUUGCUCGCUCCAAGAUUGAGGACUUUUCCGGCCCUGAUGCCGGCUUCAAGACCCUGAUUGCCGACCCCGAACACGAGACUGGCAACAUCAAGUCCCCCGAGGAGAUUGACCGUGUCAUCCUGUGCACUGGCCAGGUCUACGCUGCCCUGACGAAGUACCGCACGGAGAACAAGAUCACCGACGCGGCCAUCACACGUAUUGAGCAGCUCAACCCCUUCCCGUGGCAACAGCUCCGUGAAAACCUCGACCAGUACCCUAACGCCAAGACGAUUGUUUGGUGCCAGGAGGAGCCUCUCAACGCUGGAGCCUGGAGCUUUACUCAGCCCCGCAUCGAGACUCUUCUCAACGAAACUGAGCACCAUCACCGUAAGCACGUCAUGUACGCCGGUCGCAACCCCAGCGCUUCGGUGGCCACUGGUCUCAAGAACGUCCACUCCAAGGAGGAGCAGGAGCUCCUGGAAGUGGCCUUCAACGUCAAGCAGGAUAAGCUCAAGGGGGAGUAG